AAAGGUUGGCAGCUGAAGUAGGUAGGUGAUGCCCUCUCCACUUGAAGCUCAGGGUGGCCUCAAGAGACGAUGGAUGACGGCGAGGUCCUUAAAAAGAGGGGCUACAUUAUGGGUAUCAACCUCGGAGAAGGUUCCUACGCCAAAGUGAAGUCUGCUUAUUCCGAACGGCUGAAGUGUAACGUGGCGGUCAAGAUCAUCGAUAAGAAGAAGGCUCCCCGAGACUUCCUGGAUAGGUUUCUCCCGCGGGAGAUUGAGAUGUUGGCCAGGGUGAAGCAUUACGCCAUCGUCAAGACUUACGAAAUCUUUGAGACCUCCGAAGGGAAAGUCUACAUCGUCACCGAACUCGGGGUCCAAGGGGACCUGCUGGAGUUCAUCAAGAAGAAAGGGGCCAUCCCCGAAGAGAUUGCCCGCAAGAUGUUCAACCAACUAGCCAGCGCCAUGAAAUAUUGCCAUGAGUUAGACAUCGUCCACCGGGACUUGAAAUGCGAGAACUUGCUCCUGGAUAAAGAAUACAACAUCAAACUGACGGAUUUUGGCUUUGCCAAGCGCCUGUCUCGAGACGAUGACGGGCGGGUCAUUCUUAGCAAAACCUUCUGCGGGUCGGCUGCCUACGCGGCCCCCGAAGUACUCCAGGGCAUCCCCUACCAGCCCAAGGUCUACGACAUCUGGAGCAUGGGCGUCGUGCUGUUCAUCAUGGUCUGCGGUUCCAUGCCUUACGACGAGUCCAACAUCAAGAAGAUGCUCAAGCUGCAGAAGGAGCACCGGGUCCAUUUCCCCCGGUCCAAAAUCCUGUCGGUGGAAUGCAAGGACCUCAUCUACCACAUGCUUCAGCCCGACGUGACUCGGCGGCUGUGCAUCGACGAGGUUUUGAUGCACAUCUGGAUGCAGGAGCCCAAAGCCGUGUCUGACUCCAUGCUGACCAAACCGGGAGAGUGCUCACAGAGCCAGAUCCGAUCCCUCUUCGGAAAGGAAAGCAUUUCGCAGCCGUCAGAUAACGAGCAAGUGAAACAAGAGAUACGGCACGAGGACCUGGAGAAUCUCGACACUGUCUCUGACCAAAUGCAAAGGACUUCCCUCUGAAAGGAAGAUGAUGACGUCCCUCUCAUCUCCCCCCCAUCCCCCCAAAAAUUGGUUUCCGAUACUGCCAAACUCAAUCAUUUCUUUUUUUUAUGGGCUAUGUUCUGGACAAAGAGGUGGAUGGGGCAAUAGGACUGUUUGAAGCCCUUUCAGGUUAUUUUGGAAGAUCCAGGAUCUGUUAACAUCUCCAUAUUUCUAUAUUUCCUAUUGGUACAAAAUCAGGAGUAGUUCCCCCCCCUUGGUUAAAUCUUUUCCAUAGGAAAGAUGAUAGAUAAGACCCAUGGAUUGGGGUGGGGCAUGUGAACGAUCUGAACGGUGGUCUCUCUCUCAAAUUUGUAACAGGAGUUUUUAUGCUACCAUAAAAUCUACUAUAUCACAUCUAAGC